AUUAAAACUCCGAUAUAAAACGAUAAGAAACUAUCUUCCCUGUUUGGAUGCGAGGAAACUGAAAGAAAAUUUGAGAAGAAAAGAAAAUUUAAUAAAAAAAAAAUUCUUCCUCUUCAAGGCACAACUUCUCACAGGUCUCUACCAGCCACUCGCUCUUCUCCAGUUCGACCCGGAUGCUUACAUUGACAUACUCUCCGCCAUUCAUUACCAAAAGAUUGGAAUCGAUUAAAAUUUCCAGGAGUACAAGAAGCAUUGUGGUAUGUGCUGCAAAAGGCCCAAGACCAAGAUAUCCUCGAGUGUGGAAAACAAGAAAGAGAAUUGGGACCAUUUCCAAGUCAGCGAAGCUUGUUGAUUGUAUUAUGAAAUUGUCAAAUGUCAAAGAGGAAGUUUACGGGGCUCUUGAUUCAUUCAUUGCCUGGGAGUUAGAGUUUCCUUUAGUUACAGUAAAGAAGGCACUGAAGACUCUUGAGAAUCAGAGAGAAUGGAAGAGAAUAAUUCAGGUGACAAAGUGGAUGUUAAGCAAAGGUCAAGGAAGAACAAUGGGGAGCUAUUUCACAUUACUAAAUGCCUUAGCAGAAGAUGGUAGACUUGAUGAAGCUGAGGAGCUUUGGACAAAAUUAUUUAUGGACAACUUGGAAAGCACCCCUCGUGUUUUCUUUGAUAAAAUGAUUUCUAUUUACCAUAAAAGGGGCAUGCAUGAGAAGAUGUUUGAGAUAUUUGCUGACAUGGAAGAGCUUGGUGUCCGACCAAAUGUUUCAAUUGUUUCAAUGGUUGGAAAUGUCUUCAAAGAGCUGGGUAUGAUGGACAAAUACAAUAAAUUGAAGAAGAAAUAUCCGCCACCAAAAUGGGAAUAUCGAUACAUCAAAGGAAAACGUGUUAAAAUUCGAGCAAAGCAUCUAGAAGAAUCCAAUGGUCCUGAUAAAGAUGCAAGCAAGCAUGGGGAAACUAACCAGACUUCAAAUGAUAUGUACGAUGAAGCUGAAACAAGUUCAGAUGAACUCAACAUUGAAGCUAAUUAUUCUGGCAAAGAUGUAAUCAAGCAGGAGGAAACUGGCCACACUUCAAAUGAAUUUUAUGAGGAAGCUGAAACAAUUUCCGAUGAACUCGAGACUGAAUCUAAUUAUUUUAGCAAAGAUGUAAGCAAGCAUCAGGAAACUGGUCGGACUUCAAAUGAAUUCUACGAGGAAGUUGAAACAAGUACAGAUGAAAUCAAAAUUGAAGCUAAUUUGUGAUCUCAGUCGGGUUGUGUUCCAAGAUGUGUAGAGGCAGUCAUUGAACUUGAUCUGCCUGGCCUUCCUGGAUAGUUGCAAUCGUGGUGCAGCCAAAAACAUGUUGUCUUUGUUGUCUCCAUCCUGGAGUGUAUCUGGAGGCGAUUAAACUGUAAUAGCAACUGCAGAACAAAAUUUUGGUGCUUAAUUAUAUAAUUUUUUCGAAGAAGUGAUGUAGGAUGUACUGCAUUAGGAACUGGUCAUUUUUUAAGACUUUCUUCCCUUUUUCCCCUUUCUCAUAUGGGUGUGUAAAUUAGACACUUAUGUACGAAAUCAACUUCAAGAAAGAAUGGCUUCUUGAAAUUAAUGGAGCUGCUUAGUUAAAAAUUAUUUAUAAGACA